AAUCAUUGUUCUAAUUAGGUUUUUCGGCUGUCUCUGUAAUUUGUUUUCUCUCCGCCUUCUAUUCGGUUAGGGUUUCUAUCACCGCCAGUGAAGGAAACUUUAGGAGAAAUAAUGGCGUCGACAUCAAAGAAGAUAAUGUUGAGGAGCUCCGACGGCGAGGCCUUCGAGGUGGAGGAAGCGGUGGCGGUUGAGUCGCAGACGAUCAAGCACAUGAUCGAGGACGACUGCGCUGGCAACGAGAUCCCCAUCCCCAACGUCACCAGCAAGAUCUUGUCUAAGGUCCUUGAGUACUGCAAGAAGCACGUGGAUGCCGCCACCAAGGAAAAGAAUACCGAGGAUGAAAUCAAGGCUUGGGAUGCCGAUUUUGUCGGGGUUGACCAAAAUACCCUCUUUGACCUCAUCUUGGCUGCGAACUAUCUGAAUAUCAAGAGCUUGUUGGACUUGACCUGCCAAACUGUGGCUGACAUGAUAAAGGGGAAGACGCCGGAGGAGAUUCGCAAGACCUUCAACAUCAAAAACGAUUUCACCCCUGAGGAAGAGGAGGAGGUUAGGAGGGAGAACCAGUGGGCUUUUGAAUAAU